CCUGCAUGUUUGAAUAUCUUGUUUUUAUCUUCAGAUUCUUGACUGGAUUAGCUAACUAAUAUUUAUGCAAGAUUCCCUUGAUCAAGAACCUGAGAACUCCAGCAAGUGCUCAUUUUUGUACCAGCACCAUGGAAAAGGAGCCGUUCUUGCCAUUUGAGGACAUCUCCUUGGAGGGGUUGUCGCAACCUCUGAAAGGAAGAACAAGGAUUCAGUACACAUGUUUCACGGUAUCGAACCAGUUCAUCAUGAUCGGCACCAACACCGGCGGCGUCUACGUAUUCAACAGAAAAUCACGACAGUUUGUCAGCAUUCUCCCGGGGCAGGCGGGCGCGGUCACCUGCCUUGCCAUCGACCCCGGCGAGCAGCUGGUGGCGGCCGGCUCGGUACAGGGCGGGGUCAGCGUCUACGCGUGUCCGACGGCGCGCAGCUGGUCCGGCCAGCUGACGGCGCUCGCCCGGCUCGACUCUGAGGUGCGCGCCGUCUGCUGGCGACACGCCCACUGGUCCGGACGGCUGCUCUACGUCGGCACCGCCGCCGGGAAGGUCCUCUCGCUGUCCGUCAGCAGGAGAAAGAGCCCGGCGGCGUCGGCCACCAUCACACCGAUGCUGCAGCUCGACUCGGCCGUGAGUGAGCUGGUGCUCUGUGGACAGACCCUGCUCGUCUCCACACUCGGCUUCUGUUACCUCUGCAACGUGCAGAUGGAGGUGUUUGCCCAGGUGGGCACCCAGCCGCGCUCGGGCCGGCUGGGCGCCUGUUUCCUCGGCGAGACGGUGUUCUGCGCACGGCCCGGCCUGCGGCUCUGGGAGGUGCGCCUAUCGGGCCAGGUGAGCAGCACACACCAGCUAAAACCGGCGCUGGACGAGGCCACGGCGCGGCGCGUGGUCUCCGCCUGCGACCAGCCGGCCUGUCUGCAGGACGGCGGCAGCGGCGGCGGCAAGUCAGCGCUCGGCCUGCUCAAGCUGGUGCCGCUGUCGGGCGGCGCGGUGGCCGCCUUCUCUGGGGACGCUCUGUUUGUGUUUGAGCUGGCGGCGCGGCGCGUGCUGCUCUGGACCAGCGUGCACGCCAAGGUACGUGACCUGGCCGCCGUCGGAGACGAGCUGUACGUGCAGUGUGAGGGCGGAGCGCUGCGGCGCCUCCUGGUGCGCCGGCCGUCACAGAUUGUCCGUGAACUCCGCGCCAGUCGCGGCGCCGGCGAGUGCGCCCGGUUCCUGAUGUCGCACACUGAGCUGACGGACCUGUGUCGCACCCAGCUGCCACUACAGGUGCUCAGGGAGGCCGUGCGUCAGUUCGCCGACGACGAGGCUAUGCAGGUGGAGCUGAAGCGGCUGGCGGCGGUUCUCAGAGACAGGCUGUCGGAAGACGGUGUCGCUGUUGAGGCAGAGUCUCCGGCACCGACACGGCGACGGUCCAGCGCUACCACGUCGAGCGAAUCCGAACGGACGCCGAGGCAGGCAACAACGCCGCUCACCAACGGUAGAACCGAGAAGAAGUCAGUCCAUAAGCGAGCUGCAGCGGAAACUGCAAAGAAGCCGCAGAAGAAGUUAGCGGAGACCAGAAAAGAAGGCGAGAAUGUUACUGAAACCCAGGAAAGCGAUGUGUUGAAGAAGCCGACCGCUGAGCCAGCGUCUGAAGCAGCAGAGGAGGAGAAAAAGCAGCCGGCGCCAGAGAAGGACUGUUCAGUGACAGACGCGGAACGCCCGGGCACAGACGAGGAACGUCCGGUUUCGAACGCUAUCCCGGCCGAUGGCUGUCUGGAGGAGCUGCCCGUUGCGCCAGUACCGAAGCCAGACGCUGCGCUGGUCCCGGAGUCAACCACUGAGUUGGUAUCAAAGUCAUUCACUGAUGCGGUACCGGAGUCACCCGCUGCACCGAAUAUCUCAGAGCCACCUGUUCUGCUGGUCCUGGAGCCACCCGCUGCACCAGCAGCAAAUCGUGCUUCGCCGGAGCCAAAGCUUCCUAAUGCGACGGCGCCGCAGCCUCCAGUGCCGCCAAUGCCAGAGCCCCCGCGAGCGCCGAAGCCGCAGGCUGCGCCGGUUCCGAAGCCGCCCGUUGCGUCGGCACCGCAACCGCCCUCAAACCCGGCCGAUGAUGCGAUUGUGUUCAGAUCUAGUCGUAAGCGGCGGGUGCGGCCCCGGCCCCGACUCGCUGAUCGGCCGACCAGCGCGUCCCCUGAAUCACGGCCGCCGGAUCCGCCGGCUGCAGCUGUAACAGAAUCGCCAUCACCGUCCGAUCGGCUGCCUCAAAGACAGCCAGCACCAUCGACCUCGCCCCCUUUACCACCGCCCCCGCCGCCGCCGCCACCGCCAAUGCCGACACAGCCACCGCUAACGGCUCCCAUGGAGUGGCAAGAUUCGCUGAGUGAUGGCUCUCCACGGCGUGGUGCGCCCGCCGCCGCCGCUCAGCUGGGCGCGUAUGGCUACACCCCUGGCCUGGCGCUGCACCCAGAAGUGCUGGACGCCUUUUCAGAUCUGGUGGAGGACGUCAAGGGUGCCGUGUCCUCUGGUGCUCAACGGUUAGUGCAGCGUUGGCGUCGGCAAGCCUCGGGACCAGUCGGUGACUCGAACCCUCCUGACAGGACACCGGAGCGGCCGGAGCAGAGUGAGCAUAGCCAGGAUGUUGGUAGCCAUCCGCGCGUUGACUGUAGCGAAGUUAAGGGUGCUACGAGCGGAGACCGCCGGGACGUCGACAGUGCGUCGCUUGGAAAUAGUCCUACCGUGUCCCCGACCGAGACAGCUCUCUCCGAGCUGGCAGCGGCGGCGGCGGCCCUCUUAGACCGGCCAAGCCUGCCGCAGGUGCUCUGUUGGGUGGAUUCGUUGGCCACGGUACACUAUCGCCUGCAAAAGUCAUCGCCUGAGACUGUGUCGGACCGUGAAACGUACCCCGCGCUGCGCCAGCUCUGCGCCGAGCCACCCCAGUUUGUGUGUAAUGGCGUCCUGCCGGGGCCUACCGCGCUGCGAGAUAAGGUGUCGCGAGGGCUCGGCAGUGUUCUACUCUUCCUGGCAAGCGAUGAACAGGUGUGUGAUGAGCUGGCGGAUUGUGUGGCUGUGACGACAGAAGGCACCGACGCCUCUGAACAGAACGGUGGUGCCAUGAUGGCCUCUAGCGGUCGGUCAGAAGAGGAAACAAAAGAUACAGCAGCGUUGGCUACGUCAGUGGAAAGUAUCGGAAACAGACCCUCGGAUCUAGGCGAACUGGGCAGCGGUAAUGAAUCUUUGGAGAGUCCUAGCGCAAUAAGUGAGUUCUGCAUAAGUAUUGAGGCCAGCACAGAUACAGAUAGUGGCGUACAGUUUUCAGAAGAGACCUUAUAUUCGGCACAAAUGGCGGAUUGUCAAGAUGGUGACAUUGAGCACAACGGGGACGUAGCCGACAAACUAGCCGCUAUCCACCUCGAUAACGAAAGAGAAGGCAGCUGUGUUGAGCGAAGUGUCAUCAGUUGUGAAGAAGAGGGCGAGAACCCGGCUGCCGUGAAGGAACUGACAGACACCCAGUCUGCGGUCUCACCAACCCCCUGUGACCCGGAGCCGUCUGAGCUGUGUGGUGUCAGUGUCUCACCGGCCGCCGGCAGUCCCGCCUGGCUGGCCGGCCUGCUCACUCGCCGCCUCUUCUACCUGGUACCCGGUGCAGAGCUCCGUGCGGGCCUGGGUGCGUUACCCGCCUCCGCACGAGCCCGGCUAUGGGGUCUUUUGCUCAGCGGCACUGAGGCGCGACUGGGGCCGUUCGCGGCUCGGCCCGGAGACGCCGCACUGGCCAUGGAGCUCACUGCGGGAGCUGAGCUCGACUGGCUGACUCUGGCGCGGCUGGCGGCGGGCCUGUGCCGCGCGAGUCCCAGCGCCGCCGCCGCCUUCUGUGUCCAGCAGAGCGAUCGGCUUAGUGCGCUGGACGUGCUGUACAUCUGCCGGUAUGCUGUCGCCCCUGGCCGCGUCGCUGCCGCAUUUACUGCAUACCUGACGGCGGCUGGAGGCUCGGUGGCGGCAGCGGUACUAGCUGACGCCGAGCUGUCGGCGGCCGUAGAGUCAGCGCUGACUGCCGUGUGGCGGCGGCAGGCGGUGCGGCUGCGGUGUCAGUGUGGCUGGCCGAGGCCGGGCUCCCACCUCGCGCCGCGGCCGGCCGCCAGUCUGCUGCGCCGCCUGUGUGCCGCCCGGCUGAGCGGACAGCAGCUCUCUGAGGAACUGUGGACACUCGGUGACUGGACCGGCUGGCUGCAGACGGGCGGUGACAGCUCCGACCGCCGGCCGCUGGCAGCUGUGCUUUGUCAGUUGGACGACUGUGCGCUGCUCCAGACAGCCGUCCCCCACCUGACCUCCUGGAAACCCGUGCUGACCGCACUGGCCGCCGGCCGCCCGGGCCACUGUCACAGCUGCGGGGACCCGCUCCAGUCGGUGGACGCGGCCGAGGGAGACCGGCGGCCCCUUACCGUUCAGACGCUGCUGGCGUUUGUUACCAGCCAGGAGGGACCAGCGGCGGCCGUACGGCUGCUGCAGACCGCUGCCGAAGUCGCACCGUGCCAGCUGACCGCCAGCUGCUACCGGGACGUCAUUCUGAGCACCAUGCUGAACCGCCGGGCGCCAGGACUGGGCCGAGCCUUCGGCGCCGAGACGCUGGGACUCCGUCCGCCUCCGGUGCCAGAGGAUGCCCUGGAGCUGCUGUUCAGUGAGCUGGGUCGGCCGGCGCCCCCUCCUCUGCCCGAAGUCCCCGCUCCCGGCGGCUGCACGCUGGUCUCCCUCACCUCCGACUGCCCGGCCUGCUGCCUGCCGCUCCGUAACCGUCACCUGCUGCAGCCGCACGGCGUGCUCACCUUCCGCUGCGGACACGCGUUCCACGCCGUGUGUCUGCUGCGCCGCGACGCCGGCAGCUGUCUGCUGUGCCGCCGCUGAGCGGAGCCACAGGUUCGGUGCGCCGGGUCUCGGCCAGAAGCGCAGCGGUCGGUCAGCCGCCCUGGGACGGCGGGUCGGUCAGCUGCGCUCGGAAGGGUGGGUCGGUGGGCGGGACCGCUCCGAGGGGCUGCUGGGGACGCUGAUUUGUUACCAGUCAUUGUCGUUUUCUGGUGGCAACCCUUCGUCAUUGUUAGGGGCUUGAACGACGGCUGUCAAGGCGUGCCUUUUGCUGGUGCCAACGAUUAAAGGGAGGGAAAGAGCUUUGAUGUAUAGGGCAAGGUAAAGUUGUCGCAUGCGGGAUAGCUUUUUCUCACGGGCUUACUCUUCUUGAAGUGCUAUUCCAAGAUGUAAACGAAUUGUAGCGUAGGGGUCGCUUCAUGGAACGUACUUAACAUGUCACGCCCGUAUAUUGCCGGCGUCUCGCCAGCCAGUCUAAUCAGCCAGUUGGUCUUCCGGCGGCACGUUCGGUGGCUGACCACUUCCAGAUCCCGUGCGGUAUCUACAGAACCGUCGGGCACGGACUGACCCGGGCGUUGCCUGUGGACACUAUUGUAGGUCAUGUGAUCGAUGCAUGUGCUUUUUGUACCAUUGCCGUUGUGCUUUUUGGGACGUGUUUAUAAUGGGACCGUUGUCGUCAUUGGGUUUCAUCAUAAACUUUUCAUGCAACAAUUAUUUUACUAACACAAUUGUAUGUAGUGCGUCGACGCCCGUGCCAAAACAUGUUGCUUCAUAUAUUGCGUGUUGGAUGUCCAUUCAUGCUCUGUUGGCCAUUGCGUUGGCUGAUAUCUCUAUCUUCAUUUAAAGGAACGUUAGGCUUGUUAGGCUGUCAUUCUGCGCGUCUAACAUCAAAGGUAAUGUUUUCCCUGAUGUGCCUUUUAAUCAUGUCGCUUUUUUGUCGAUCUUUUUAAUGUUAAGUCGUCAGAAACAUUUUAUAUUUUACAAUAACUCCAUUUCCUAUUGUAGAUAAAUUAAGUAGGGAUUAUCUUUUGCCAUGAAACUUUGUUGUCCGUGUGCGAAAUGUCAAAUGAUAGAAGUUGGUAAAAUCUGAAUGGGACCAACCAUCGAUGUCAUUCCCGUGAGCUGUUUAUUGCUGCUUUUUCGAAUAUGCCAGUUUAGCGUUACGGCACAUUAUAAAUACUUCGAUUUAAAACCAUCAACCAUGUGCAUGACCGUUAGUUCGUUCAGGAUCAGCUCUUUUGUGCUAUCGUGUGCUCUCGUUCCAUAUUUUGCGAAUAUGAAAGUGCCUUUUUCAGACAGUGCUGACGCUUAGUAAUGCGAGGUGCCAGUUUGGUCCGAAUGUGUCGUGCCUAUUGGCGAUCAGUGUUGUGAGGUCGUCCAGUCGGGUCGCUCUCUGCCGACGGGACCCACCUGGCUUAUCGAAGUUCAUUGACUGACCGUUAAGGCUGACAAAACUCUGUGCUGUGAGUGCGAAACCAGUGUGCCAAUCAUCCCCGCAGCGGGCCAUCCAUGCAUGCCCAUGUCGCGUCGACGAGGAUGUAGUUACUUCACAUAUCGGGGCAAGCUCACUCAUAAUCGAUGGCUGUUUCAUGUGAUGGGUGCCAAUACUUACCAGUGUUUUACUCAAUAUGUAUUCGAAAUAUGCUGCAGAUGCCGGCAACUCAAAUAUAUAUCUUUGUAUAAUCA